AAACAUCCAAUUUCAAUCUCAAAGCCCUGAAUUCCAUUAAAAAAAAAAAAAACAAAUUUAUUUUUACUAAAUUCCCUUAGUCCUAAAAUAUCUAUUAUUUUCAAAGGUCUCCUGUUCAUCAAUACCACAAACGAAACCAGUAGCACAAAUGUCAGUUUUAUCAUCAAGUUCCCAUCUUUUUCAAAGAGAACUCCAUCACAGAGAUCUACAGCAGCCACAACAUCCAAAUUGGAGUAACGGGUAUCGAUCAAAUCCAACAAAAACACACGGGUUUGGUUUCGAUCGAAGAAAAAUGGAUCGAUGGACAAAAGUUUUCAAAAAAGAUUGUAAAGUUGAAGCCUUUGGGGACAUAUCAAGACCUUUUGUAGAAAUGGAACCUAUAACUGAUGCUGAUCAUUUGAAUGUUGUUUUAGAACAAGCAAAACAAGCUUCUCAACCCGUCAUCAUUGAUUGGAUGGCUACUUGGUGCAGAAAAUGCAUAUACUUGAAGCCAAAAUUGGAGAAACUUGCAGCUGAAUAUGACAUCAAGAUCAAAUUUUAUUGUGUGGAUGUGAACAAUGUACCACAAGCACUCGCAAAACGUGGAAAGAUCUCUAAAAUGCCGACAAUUCAGUUGUGGAAGGAUGGAGAGAUGAAAUCAGAAGUGAUUGGUGGGGGUAAAGUAUCGCUUGUGAUCGAAGAAGUUAGAGAAAUGAUUCAGAAUUUUGUAUGAUUUUCUCCCUAAUUUUACAUUCAAGUUCUUGUUCAUACAUAUACAUACUAGCUUAACAACCCGUGUACUAUACGGGUAGCAUAUAUAUAAUGUGAAAAUAAUUUGUUCAUAUCUCGUAAUUACACAACUUAUAAUGAUAAUUACGCGACUCAUGCUACAAUAAUACUUUAUACCAA